AUGCCCCUUCUCAAAGACCAGGCUAUGGAAGCUGUGAUCCUGACAGCCAGGUGGAAGGAAUUGCUGUCAUUUGAGGAUGUUGCUUUAUUCUUCACCAGAGAGGAAUGGGAGAACCUUGACUGGGCCCAAAGGUACCUGUACAGAGAUGUCAUGCUGGAGAACUAUAGAAACAUGAUCUUUCUGGGAUUUCAGUUCCCCAAGCCUGAGGUGAUCUCUCAGCUGGAGGACUGGGAUGAGCCAUGGAUCCUGAAUCUACCGAGAGCUUGGAGUAGGAAGACUUGCAGCAGUGCUGGCCCAGGUUCCGAGGCCCAGUACAAGAUGAGAAAACGGACUUCAACGUGGGAAAUUCCUGAAGAAUUAAUAUCAGAUAAUGUAUCAAUGGUAAAGCAAAAGGCAGCCAACAAGUCCUCUGAAAAGUUAAAUAAAUGUAAGGGAUUUGUAGACAGUUUCAGAUUUACACCACCUGCCAGUGGUGAUAAAUGUCAGAAGGGCUUCAUUCAAGACCUUAAUUUUAUUGAAGAUCACAAUGCUCAAAGAAAGAAGCAGGACAGAUGCAAUAAAUAUGGGAAACUCUUCAGUCAUAAGCACAUUUUUACAAGACCAAAAUGUUAUGAAUGCCGUGAAUGUGGAAUAGUCAUCAAGCGUGAGGCAGAUUUUCUUCGACAUCAAAGAAUUCACACUUUAGAGAAUCCUUUUGAAUGUAACAUUUGUGGACAAGCCUUCAAACAGAAGUCAGAUCUUCUUGUCCAUAAGUUUUGUCACUCAUCAACAAAACCGUAUGAGUGUCGGGACUGUGGAAAGUGCUUCCGUCAGAUCUCCUAUCUUGUUGAACAUAAGAGGAUUCAUACCAAAGAAAAACCCUUUAAAUGUAGUGAAUGUGAGAGAACUUUUAGUCAGAAUUCAACCCGUAUUAGACAUCAGUUGACUCACAGUGGAGAAAAGCUCCAUAAAUGCCUGGACUGUGGGAAAGCCUUCAGUCGACACUCCACUCUCCUGAGCCAUCAGCAGAUUCACACCCGACAGAACACCCACGCUUGCCCUGACUGUGGGCAGUCCUUUGGGCGCAGUGUCGAUCUCAUUCAGCAUCGGAGAACCCACACCAAGGAGGAAUUCUUUCAGUGCAGAGAAUGUGGGAAAACAUUUAGUUUUAAAUCAAAUCUUUAUCGGCAUGAGGUCAUUCAUACUGGAGAGAAGCCUUAUGCAUGUAACCGGUGUGGAAAAUCUUUCAGUUGGCGCACAAGCCUUAUUAAACAUCAGCGAACUCACCAAGGACAGAUGUCUACAUGA